UUUUUUUCUAUAAUCUGUACUAAACGUGAAUUUCUGCGAUUAAAGUCUGGUGUUGUCGUAAUACGAUAAGUGCAGUUACUGCAAAGUUUGUUGUGGUGUGCUUAAACAAAAAUAAAGUGAUAAUAACAAAUACAAGUGUUGGUAUAAGAAACUAAUGAAUAAUAAGCAAUACUGCGAAAUCACAGCUUGUGUGCCAUAUUAAAUAUUUAAAAUUGAAAACUUUUGUGUAUUAGGCAAAUCAGUUGGCGAUGCCAGGCAACAGUUAUCGGAUCAUAAAACUGCGAUUAGCCUAUUAGCUUAUGCGUGCAAAUAAAACAAACAAUAAAACAAAAACACUGCUGCGUGUUGACUGAAAGAUAAGCAGAAUCAGCUGUAAAAUAAAUAUAAACUGUAGCGUUAAAAAUAAGACAAUAGUAUAUGAGUACACUCAUAAAAAUAGCGUCCACAGGCUUAAGCAUUUUUGCAGUGUGCAAUAAACGGAGCAACUAAAUCUAAAUGCAAUUGCAAAUGCUGUUGACGCGCGCAAAUUCAAAUUUACUUAAAGCUUAACGGCCGGAUAAGAGCUUUUAUGCUGUGACCUGCUCGUGGUUGUACCGAAACGCGAGAGCAAGACAAUAAAAGGCUCUCAGUCACAACAAAAACAACUUAGAAUGAGCUUACCAGAGGGCGGCGCUGCUGAGACUCAGACACGACGCGCUAGCAUUAACAGCAGCAUUAACAGCUCUGCCGAUGGCGCUGUUAACGUCGCUGUUAGCGCGCCGCGCCGCAGCUGUUGGGCCUACAGCUGCAACAUCAUCCGCAACAUAUCCGUGGAGCCCACCAUGUUCCUUUACAUGUUUGCCUUUAUGAUCACAUCCGUGGUGGAGCAGAAUUUCUUUUUGCAGAAGGCUUGCCUAGUUAACAACAAUCUCAGCAUUGCAAUUUGCCAAAAUAUCAAUGCGCCCGAAAAUGAAGAGUACAAAAAACAAGUGCUGGGCACCACAGCUUGGUUUCAUCAAUGGGAGAAUAUAGCAGCGCAUGUGUUUCCCAUAGUGCUGGCGUUGUUCUUGGGUUCGUUUUCAGAUGCGCGUGGUCGCAAGCUGCCGCUGUUGAUGGGUCUGGUGGGUAAGCUUAUCUACUCCUCCAUGAUCGUGGUGAAUGCCAUGAUGCCCAGCUGGCCGGUUGAGUAUGUUAUCUACACAGCGACGUUGCCGUCAGCUUUAACAGGCGCUGAUGUGGCUAUAUUUGCUUCAUGCUUUGCUUACAUCUCGGACAUAUCAACACUGGAGCAGCGCACCAUUAGGGUGACCAUACUGGAUGUGGUUUACUUAACUGCCAUGCCCACAGGCGUGGCCUUGGGCUCCUAUUUGUUCUACAAUGUGUUCAAUCAGUCCUAUGCUGAUAUGUUUGCUGUUAAUGCUGCGCUGUUGGCUUUGGCCGUCAUCUACACGUUCUUCGCCUUGAAGUGGCAAACUACGCCCAAUCAACGCUCGCUUAGGGAGCUGGGCUGCUGCGGCAUUUGGGGCGACUUCUUUGACAGGCAGCAUGUGAAGGAUUCGCUGAGCGUGUUGAUGAAGCCACGACGUGGACACAGACGCAGUUUUCUGUAUCUGCUGCUCAUCAGCAUGGCGCUCUAUACAUUCCAGCGCGAUGAGGGCAGCUAUUUGUAUCUGUAUACUUUCGAUAAGUUUGGCUGGAGCGUCAGUUCGUUUAGCAGCUUCAAGACCUUCAAGUCCACUGCCUAUGUGAUUGCCAUGCUGCUGGCUGUGCCGCUAAUGAACAAAGUACUGGGCUGGCGUGAUACGACCAUCAUAUUCAUUGGCACCUGGGCACAUGCCAUAGCGCGUUUCUUCUUCUACUUUACCACAGGACCCAAGCUCUUGUAUGCAGGCGCUGUAGUCUGCAGUUUGGGUCCGAUUGUGGGUCCUAUGAUACGCGCUAUGACUUCCAAGAUUGUGCCACAAUCGGAGCGUGGCAAGGUCUUUGCUCUGCUCUCCGUUUGCGACAAUGCAGUGCCAUUCAUAAGCGGCGUUUGCUACUCGCAAAUUUAUCGCGCAACGCUCAAGAGCAAUCAUGGUGGUGGCGUCUUUCUACUAACUAUAGCUACGCAGCUAGCUGUGUUUCUAUUGAUACUCUUCAUACACAUUGUGCUGGGUAACAACUCGUUGGCUGUGCCUGAGGUGCCCGAAAAGGAGAGCGGCUUGAUUAAGAGCGAGGUGGAGGCCAAUGAGGCGCAGCUGCCAACCAAUCAAGCGGAGCAAGAGCAAAAGUGAAUGCGCUACACAUCACAUCAGCAUCACAUUUUUUUGUAUUUUUUUUUUGUAUACCUAUUAUUUUAAACUUAAAGCAUUAAAAGACUUUA